CUUCUUUUGCUUGGCUUGCUGCUUUCCUCAUCUCAUCUUUCUUUUUCUUUCUCCCAAUCCUUCUUUCUGUCUUUUCAUCAUCAAUAAUUCUUCAGCUUUAGUUCACUCUCUUUCUUAUCUUUUUUGAUUAUUUCAUCCAAUUUGUCUGUAAGAACACAUAACCAAAAUAAAACAUUGAAGAGAAAGCUCUCUGUUUGCGGCUCUGUUUUGAGAAAUAUCAUCAAUUUGGAUUCGGAGGAGAAGAAGAAAGUAAGAGUUUUUAGUUAAAGAGCAACAAGUGGGUAUCAGCCAUGGAACCUCCUAAGCCAGAAGAAAUAACCCAUCCCCCGAUGGACCAACUCCAAGGCUUCGAGUACUGCAUCGACUCCAACCCUUCUUGGGGGGAAGCAAUUGCUCUGGGUUUUCAGCACUACAUCUUGGCUUUAGGAACUGCAGUAAUGAUUCCAUCCUUUCUCGUACCUCUAAUGGGAGGGUCGGAUAACGAUAAGGUAAGGGUGGUGCAGACGCUUUUAUUUGUUGGAGGGAUCAAUACGUUCUUACAGACACUAUUUGGGACUCGGCUGCCAACGGUGAUCGGAGGUUCUCAUGCAUUUCUCGUCCCUAUAGUCUCCAUAAUUCAUGAUCCUUCAUUGAGAGCUAUCGGAGAUCAUCAUCAGAGAUUUCUCCAAACCAUGAGAGCAAUUCAAGGUGCCCUAAUAGUGGCAUCAAGCAUUCAAAUUAUUCUGGGCUACAGUCAGCUAUGGGGGAUCUGCUCCAGGUUUUUCAGCCCUCUGGGAAUGGUUCCAGUAAUUUCAUUGGUUGGUUUUGGCUUAUUUGAUAGAGGCUUCCCAUUGGUUGGAAGGUGUACAGAAAUUGGGGUUCCCAUGCUUAUCCUAUUUGUUGCUUUUUCCCAGUACUUAAAAAAUUUCCGGGCUAAAGAUUUGCCAAUAUUGGAGCGAUUUGCACUUGUAAUAUCGAUCACAGUUAUAUGGGCUUACGCGCACCUGCUGACAGCUAGUGGUGCAUACAAGCAUCGCCCAUUAUUGACCCAAGUCCAUUGCCGAACUGACAGGGCCAAUCUUAUUUCUUCUGCACCAUGGAUAAAAAUUCCAUAUCCACUCCAGUGGGGUGCACCUACCUUUGAUGCUGGUCAUGCAUUUGGAAUGAUGGCUGCUGUUCUAGUCUCCCUGAUUGAGUCAACUGGAGCAUACAAGGCAGCAUCUCGGUUGGCAAGUGCCACACCUCCUCCAGCUCAUGUCCUUAGCCGUGGUAUCGGCUGGCAGGGAAUAGGGAUCCUACUAGAUGGACUCUUUGGGACAGGGACUGGCUCUACAGUAUCAGUAGAAAACAUAGGUCUUCUCGGAUCCACUCGGGUUGGGAGCCGCAGAGUUAUUCAAAUCUCAGCUGGCUUUAUGAUCUUCUUCUCAAUCUUAGGAAAAUUUGGAGCAUUGUUUGCAUCAAUACCUUUCACCAUAUUUGCUGCCAUUUAUUGCGUUCUGUUUGGCCUUGUUGCAUCGGUGGGUCUGUCAUUUCUACAGUUCACAAACAUGAACUCAAUGAGGAACCUCUUCAUCACGGGCGUUGCCUUCUUCUUGGGGCUGUCUGUUCCUGAAUACUUCCGUGAAUACACUGCCAGUGCAUUACAUGGUCCUGCUCAUACCAAGGCUGGAUGGUUCAACGAUUUCAUCAAUACUAUUUUCUUCUCCUCCCCAACUGUGGCACUAAUUGUUGCAGUUUUCCUUGACAACACACUUGACUAUAAGGAUAUUGCAAAAGAUAGAGGAAUGCCAUGGUGGGCAAGAUUCCGGACAUUUAAAGGAGACAGCCGGAACGAGGAAUUUUACACCCUUCCCUUUAAUCUCAACCGCUUCUUCCCUCCAUCAUGAUUCAAUGCUAGUAACAAAAUGAGAAAGAGAUUUAUGUAGAAGGCAUGUGAUGAUCAUAGUUUUGAUGAGGAGAAGAGGAGCUGGUAUAUUUUACUCCAUUUUUCUUUU